UCAGUUCAGUUCUUCUCCAUCGUUUGUUCGCAUCACAUCGCGUGGUUCUGCUUAGUGUUUUGAACCAGCAUUCCGGUGUUCUUCCCAUUCCCAGCCCCAGGAAUCUCUUCCCUGUGUGUUUGUGUGGAACGUGAGGAACGCUCCGUUGAAUUACACUACGAUUGCUACGCAGGAAGCUUUGCCGGUUUCUCCGACUCCCGCAAAGUCCCGGCUACCCAUUCCAGAUUGCCGGAGUAGGCGUUGAGUUCGUGCCUGGAGUGUGUGUCCUAGGAAAUCGCAAUGAGGCUUCUUCAAUUGGAUUUGCUAAUAAUUUGCCUGAUCGCAGUGCACCUGUGCCAUGCCCAGCAGCAACCGCCCUUCCCGACCAUCUCCGCCAUCAGCCCGGAGCAGAUCAAGGACAUCGGCGAAAGCGUUACGCUCGAGUGUGACAUCACCAACGUGGGCAAGUUCACCGUCGGAUGGCAAAAGACGAACCGCGAGCGGUCCCAGCAGGUCAACACCAUCUCCCUCGGACCGACGCUGGCCGUCGCCGAGGAACGGUUCCGGGUCGACGUAGACAAGGAGAAUAACACCAUGAAGUACAAGCUGACGAUCAGCGACAUCAUCAACACCGAUGCCGGCCUGUACGAGUGCCAGAUCCAGGUCAACAGCACCAGCAAGGUGACGAACACUGUUGAACUCCAGGUGCGCCACCCACCGAUCCUGCAAGACAACCUCAUGUCCACGACGGUGACCAAGGCCGAAGGCGAAGACGUGAAGCUGUCCUGUGUAGCCGAAGGCUACCCGCGACCAUCAAUCACGUGGAAGCGCGAGUACAACGCCAUCCUCCCGAUUGGAGGACACUCGUUCAGUGGAAACGAACUGUCGCUAAGCUCGCUGGCCAAGGAAGAUCGCGGUCCGUACUACUGCGUGGCGGACAACGGCGUGGGAAAGGCGGACUCGAGGACGAUCAAUCUGGAGGUGGAGUUUGCUCCGGUCAUUUCCGUUCCGCGCCCAAAGGUAGCCCAGGCCGUCGAGUACGACAUUGAGCUGGAGUGCAUCGUGCAGGCGUUCCCGUCACCGGCGAUCUCGUGGUUCAAGAACGGACAGCAGAUUCACAACGGAGGAUCGUACAGCAUCUCGCAGACCGGUCAGCCGGACGACGUGACCACUUCCGUGGUCAAGAUCAGCUCGGUGGAGAGUUCGCACUAUGGCGAUUACAUUUGCAAGGCUUCGAACAAAGUUGGCCACGCCGAGUCAAGACUGAAUCUGUAUGAGCAACGGUUACCCAACAUCAACUUUUCCGGCCUGAAGUGGGCCAGCACGGGCCGUGUCCUGUCCAGCCAGCUGGGCAUCCUUGCGGUCACCGUACUGCUGGCAACACUGUUGUGAAUAAGACGGCGAAGCUAGUUGCUGUCGCCGGCCAAUCCUUGGGCAACUACCUGCAGCCAUAAAACUGGCCCAUCAAACCGAACCCUAACGAACCCAACCACAAAUCGACAAAAGUGCAAAUUUUUACAAACAGACAGCCAGCAGAAUAAAAUUUACCCCCUCCCUGAGCGGUCAAGCAUAUCUUUAACACAAAAGUAGAUUGACAUUUUCUACCCGUUUAGGAACCCUGUACAAAAAGAGCGUAACAAAUGGAACAAAUUAGCGAACCUUUUUGCCACGCGGGCAGUCGAAUUUUAAUAUUUGAGAUAACUUACCUGAACAUGAACCAUGACGGACUGAAUGGCGUCGAUUAGCAGCUAAGCCAACCAAUUUUGGGAACUUACAUGUGUGAGAAUAAAAGACAGUUCUACAAACGUA